AUGGCGGAAGAGCACAGAUGCCAAGCACUAGAAGGUCACCGUCUCUGCGCUAACAGCUGCAGAUUCUUCGGCAGCCCGGCCACCAUAAAUCUCUGCUCCAAAUGUUACCGAGACUUUUGCCUCAAGGAGCAACAGGAGGCUUCUAUCAAAUCCACCGUCGAAGCCUCUCUCUCCGCCUCUGUCUCUCCAUCGGUGUCGUCGUCCUCCUCUUCUUCUCUAGUGAUUGACUUCCGCUCUCUCCCUCCGCCUCCGCUGUUGACUCUGCCGGAGGUCACCGAGGCCGAAGAUGUCCCGACUGUUCCAGAGGUUGCCGUCGCGGCAGUGUCUCAGCCGAAUCAGUGCGACGUCUGCCGAAAACGGGUCGGGUUGACCGAGUUCAAGUGCAAGUGCGGGACCACGUUCUGUGGGAUCUACCGAUAUCCGGAGAAGCACGCGUGCUCAUUCGAUUUCAAGACGGUGGGUAAGGAGGAGAUCGCCAGGAGCAACCCUCUGAUCAAAGCAGAGAAGCUCGAGAAGAUUUGA